UUCUCAGGUGUCAUCAGUUUAGCGAGCAACAUCGUGGUGCUGCUCAUGUUUGUGAAGUUCAAGGAGCUGCGCACUGCCACCAACUUCAUCAUAAUCAACCUGGCUUUCACCGACAUCGGAGUGGCUGGUAUCGGCUACCCCAUGUCGGCUGCCUCCGACAUCCACGGCAGCUGGAAAUUUGGCUACACCGGUUGUCAGGUCUACGCAGCUCUCAACAUCUUCUUUGGCAUGGCCAGCAUCGGCCUGUUGACUGUGGUGGCCAUGGACCGCUACCUCACCAUCUGUCGACCAGACAUAGGGCAGAAGAUGACGGUGCGAUCGUACAACCUCCUCAUCCUGGCGGCGUGGCUGAACGCCGUGUUCUGGUCCUCCAUGCCCAUAGUGGGCUGGGCUGGUUACGCCCCCGACCCCACCGGAGCUACAUGCACCAUCAACUGGAGACAGAAUGACGCCUCCUUCAUCUCUUACACUAUGGCGGUGAUUGCUGUGAACUUCGUGCUGCCUCUCUCCGUCAUGUUUUACUGCUACUACAACGUGUCGGUCACCGUGAGGAGGUACAAAGCCGGAAACUGCCUGGACAGCAUCAACGUCGACUGGUCCGACCAGAUGGACGUCACCAAGAUGUCCAUAGUGAUGAUUGUCAUGUUCCUGGUGGCCUGGUCUCCCUACUCCCUCGUGUGUCUCUGGGCGUCAUUCGGUGACCCCAUGACCAUACCUGCCCCGAUGGCUAUCAUCGCUCCUCUCUUUGCCAAGUCCUCCACUUUUUACAACCCCUGCAUUUAUGUCGUAGCCAACAAGAAGUUCAGAAGAGCCAUCAUAGGGAUGAUCCGAUGUCAAACCAGGCAGCGAAUCACCAUCAAUACCCAGGUUCCCAUGACAACCUCCCAGCAACCUCUGACCCAGUGAGAUGAAACGAAAGCAUCGCAUUGUAUUAUUAGAGCCCGACAUUAAAACCACGUGCAGACGAUUGGUCUGAUGAAGUAACGUGAAUCUUUCUGUUAUAGUUAUUAUUCUGUUUGAUAACCUGACUGUGCAUCCUGGUGUUUACUGUGUAAAUCCCACUUGCUGUGACAUUGUAGUCAUUGGUUGUGUUCCAGUUACUUCAAUUACAAACUGACA